CACAAUUACAUACACAUACAACAUGAAGAAGACUGUUACAUUUGAACCUAUAGAUACUAUUUACUAUACAUACAGUUCAGAAGAGUACGAUAGAUCCUACUUUGCAUAUAUUACACCCUGUAUAAAAUAUACUUUCCGGCCAAUGCCAGGUUUAGACUGUGAGCCAAUUAAAUCCUCCGCUAUUCCACAGAAGCAGCAACAAUGUAACGGCAAUAGACCACCCAUUGCACCCCUUGAUCUAUCUGUAAUACCUAACUCAAGAAGACGUGUACUCAAUUCACCAGUUGAAAACUCAUCUUCUACCAAGAAAUCUCGUAACAAGCCAAAUUUGUCAAUCAAUACCAAGUUACUACCAGAAGGACCAUUAUUCUUUACUGGACUAUCAACACAUUAUAAAUAUAAAGAAGAAGAAGAGGAAGAUUAUGGUUAUUUGAUUCCUGUAUCAGCCUGUUAAAUAUAUCUUAUACAAAUAUACACAUAUGUAUAUAUUCAUAUACUCCUUUGAAAUCAUGUACAAAUAUACAUUACGUAUUAUAUAAUCAGCAUAAAUCAUUAAAAGUCAUCAUGUAUUAUAUUAUUCCAUUAACUAAAAGAUUAAGAAUAAAAAACAAUGUAUUGUUCAUUUUAUAUUUAUCGAGGCGUAAAGGAAUGCACUGCCGUUAUAGACAACGCAUUAAAUCC